CCAUGAUUUCCAAUACGUGGUUUGCGUUACUUCCAAGUUGGCAACUCCAUCAUCACUCAUUUACAUUAUAUAAACCUAGCAAACAUAAGAAAACUCUAUUCACAGUUUCCCAUCAACCAAACACGCACUCACAGCCAAAACUAAGAAUCCGAUAGCCAACAAACCAUGCUUGAUAUUUGGUCAUGGGUAUGUGACCUAACCUACUCUACUGAGUGGGCCGAGUCAGAGUCUUCACUCAUCUUUACACUAGCGAACUCAGCCUCGAGUCAAGAUGACUCUACUCGAGCGAUUCAGCUCCGAGCUGAGAUGACCUCCGGGUCCCACUCGGACCUGGUGGUGAUCUUCAAAGUUUGCUCUCUGGGCUUUCACCUUGAUAAUCCUCAGAAGACUCUUUGGGUUUCCGACGCGUGUCCUCUUUCUUCAGAUAAACCAUUCCUCCCAUUGUUACUCCAGCUACUCCAAGAAAUUAUCACCCGCUCCCCUACCGCGCACGAUAGCACCUGUCCUCGUUCUCAGCUUCAAAAACUUAAACCUGACCCUGUUGCAUGGAUCAUGGACUCUCACUCCCCGGAAUCUUUCUCAAGUUUCUUUAAUUUAGUUUUCCUCACGCGUUUGUUCUGGUUAUGUGUAUUUGACGCUCCCAGUGAAGUUGGUUCUCUUUACUUCAAUUCCAUUUUGGGUCCCAACCUGGAAGCGUUAACCAACAAGCACGCGCCAGUGCUGCGAACCUUUUUGCAAUCAGUGGGCGUUGACGCGGAGCUGUGUUUUAUGCGCACCCUGGGGUAUAUCUUAGCAAAAUGGUUGAUUUUAAGAGAGAUGGGCGUAGGUUUACAGACGUCAACACCACUGCCAAAUCAGCAUCCUGGGUUCGCUUAUGCCACGGAGGCACAGGGUUUUUGGAUUUUAAAAGGAUACGCGCCGAUUUCCGCCAUGAAACAGACGCACUCCAACGGAAAUAAGUAUAACGGUAAGUUUCCUAUCAUGGAAGCUAAAGAAUCUGUUCUAAGAUACGUCUUGGCGCACCAACAGCUUGAGGCUGUCCUUCAGCUGGAAUAUUCUGUGGAAUUCUACGACGGUUAUAUUCAGGUGAAUGCACGUGUCGAUAAUCUACGCUUCCACGUGGCAGAAUUAGGGUUUAAUAAAAACGAAGAGGUUGAAUACGCAGACGAAAGACAUUUUCCGACAAGGAUACGGGUUUGGGUCGGGCCAGAAGUUGGGUCAAAUUAUGUGGCUGGGUUGAGCUUAGGCCGGUCAACGAACAACGGCGAAAGAGAAGUUGAAAUGCAAAGGAAUCUCAAGGGUAGUUAUGGGAAUUCAAAGAUUCCGAAGGUGAAAGCUCGGGCGCGGAUGACGACAAAGACCAAGACGAAAAACUGGAGGUGGGACCAGGAUGUUGAAGGAAACGCUGCAGUUUUCGAUGCAGUUUUGUGUGACAACACAACUGGUCAAGAAAUGGCCACGUGGAGUGGACGUGGUGGCAACAGUAGCUUUAAAAAUAGAUAUAUGGGAGGGAACAGACCGUUUACGAAAACGGGUGGGUUGGUUUUUGCAAGAGGUGAAUAUGGAGAGGGAGUGGGAUGGAGAUUGAGCAGAGAAAUGGAAGGGAGUGUGUUGAAGUGGAGAAUUGGAGGGCAGGUUUGGUUAAGUUAUUGGCCUAAUAAUGUGAAGAGUUCGUAUUAUGAAACAAGGAGUGUGGAGUGGUGUGACGAGGUCGAUUUGCCUUUAAUUCCUGCACAAAAAAUAGAGUAGAAUAUUAAGAUUUGAUGUAAAUAAUAAGUAUAGAAUAGGAGGCUGUGUUAAAUUUCAUGUAUCCAUCUUGAUACGUAUAAUUAAUUAGCUCAUGUGGUAAUGGCUAUAGGCAUCUACUGCCAAGCCAAUUUUAGCACAUAGAAGAAUUAUAAAUACAUGAAGGUUUUAAUCAAUUGUAUGCGUG